AUGCCUGCCAACAAGACUUUCCGUACCAAGCAAAAGCUUGCUAAGGCUCAGCGUCAAAACCGCCCCAUCCCUCAGUGGAUCCGCCUUCGUACUGGAAACACCAUCCAUUACAACAUGAAGAGAAGACACUGGAGACGUACUAAGUUGAACCUUUAA